UGCUGUCCGCGCGGGCCAUGCCGCUGGUGCGCUACCGGAAGGUGGUGAUCCUGGGCUACCGCUCCGUGGGUAAAACUUCCCUGGCUCAUCAGUUUGUGGACGGGGAAUUCCUGGAGUGCUACGACCCUACAGUGGAAAGCACCUACAACAAAAUGCUGAUGGUGGGAAAGGAUGAAUUUCACCUCCAGCUAGUGGAUACUGCAGGGCAGGACGAGUACACCAUCCUGCCCCCCUCCUUCAGCAUCGGGAUCCAUGGAUACCUGCUGGUCUAUUCGGUCACCUCGCUCAGAAGCUUCCAGGUGGUUAAGACCCUUCACAACAGGCUGUACGAAAGCAGAGGGAAAACCCGGAUGCCGGUGGUGCUGGUCGGGAACAAGGCCGAUCUCUCCAUGGAGAGCCGGGAGGUGAAGACAGACGAGGGCAAGAAGCUGGCGGAUUCCUGGGGGGCCGUGUUCCUGGAGUCGUCGGCCAAAGAGAACCAGAUGACCCGGGGAAUCUUCACCAAGAUCAUAGAGGAGAUCGACCGGGUGGACAACUCCUACGGCACCGAGCGGAGCUGCCUCCUGAUGUGAGCGCUGCUGCCUCGAGCUUCCUGCGGGGGCAGGGAGAGUGGCCGCCUCCCUGCCUCUACCUAGAAGUUUCCUCGCAGCCCCGGGAGCGGGGAACCCAGGGCCCCCUGGCCUGGCGUUGUUACGGGUAACCCACAAACACACUGUACCUCACUGCCUGGCCCCGCGCUCCGCGGAGGGCAGGGCCUGCGUUUGCA